UAUCCUCUGUUUUAUUUAAGAGCAGCUAGCUCACUCAAAUAUGAAAUGGAAAAUCCCCUUAAUCUCAUAUUCCAACUGUAAUUCUACGAAGAACAUCAUAUCCAAAUUGUUUGUAACAAACCAAAUCCUCACUCGAAACUAACAAUUCGCACAAAUGUAUCGACAAGUUUACUGCUUCUGUGUCCAGGAACUAGUCAUCAUAUAGAACCAUUUAAUCUCCAUCUAUGCAGUGGCAAAAUAUGUUUGUUGUUUUCAGGUAUUUCAUCUAGCCAUGAAUUUUUGGUACUAGCAACCGCUGUAAAAUUCUGUAGGUUUUGGGAUCACAGAAAGAUGUCUUUGGAGGGUCUUGAAUCCUGUUUUCUGCCUGAAUGACAAAAGAAAGGAAAGGGUGUAUAUGGCAUGAGAAGGUCAAGAGAAAGGAAUAUAAAAACAUUGUUGGCAGCUCAAAAGCCUUAUCUUCUGAACAUCGAAAGCUAUGUGCUGAUAUGACCAGUAGUUUUUAAUCUUAACCUUCAUAUUCUCUCUUUGAAAAUGUGCAAGGCUAAGAUUAAAAGAUGAGGGAAUAUACUCAAUGAAAAGUAGUGGAUGGUGGCCACACUAGCUAUAAAACUGGUAAGAACUCUGUAUCCCAGAGCAUCCCAUAGAGAGAGAGAGAGAGAGAGAGAGGAAAUGGAUUGCAUUGCCUUAACGUCGCAGAAGCCACAUGCAGUCUGCAUCCCAUUCCCAGCUCAAGGCCACAUAAACCCAAUGCUAAAAUUGGUUAAACUCCUCCACUUCAAAGGUUUUCAUAUAACCUUUGUCAACACAGAGUUCAUACAUAAACGCCUGCUGAAAUCUCGAGGUCCAAAUUCUCUUGAUGGUUUCCCUUCCUUUAGAUUCGAGACAAUUCCAGAUGGUCUUCCUCCAACUGAUGCGAAUGUUGCCACCCAACACAUGCCAUCGCUAUGCGAAUCCACAAGGAAAAACUGCCUAGCACCCUUCAGAGACCUUCUUUUGAAGCUCAAUUCUUCACCAAAUUCGCCUCCAGUAACCUGCAUAGUUGCUGAUGGUAUCAUGAACUUCACUCUUGAUGCAGCCCAAGAACUAGGCCUUCCUGAAGUUAUUUUCUGGACAACAAGUGCCUGUGGUUUCAUGGGCUACCUUCAAUAUCGCAAUCUCAUUGAAAAGGGUUUAGUUCCUCUUAAAGACGACAGUUAUUUAACAAAUGGGUAUUUGGAUACAGUAAUAGAUUGGAUUCCAGGAAUGAAAGGAAUCCAAUUGAAGGAUAUCCCAACCUUCAUUAGAACCACUGACCCAAAUGACCCCAUUCUGCACGUGAUUUUGCACGAUACAGAACAAGUUCAAAGAGCUUCUGCUAUCAUUUUGAAUACGUUUGAUGCCUUAGAGCAUGAAGUUCUCGAGGCAAUUUCGCAUUUGCUACCACCUAUAUACUCCAUUGGACCCCUGGACCUACAACUUAAUCAGAUACCAGCUGAAGAUAACACCUUCAAGUUGACUGGAGCAAGUCUAUGGAGAGAAGAACCAGACUGUUUUGAAUGGCUUGACUCUAAAGAACCUAGUUCUGUGAUUUAUGUCAACUUUGGAAGCAGCACAGUCAUGACAGAUGAGCAGCUAAUUGAAUUCGCUUGGGGCCUUGCAGACAGCAGCAUCACUUUUUUUUGGGUCAUUAGGCCUAACCUUGUUGGGGGAGAAUCACCUGUGGUACCACCAGAGUUUAUAGAACAGACUAAAGACAGGGGUCUACUGGCAAGCUGGUGCUGUCAAGAACAAGUCUUGAGCCACCCAGCUAUAGGAGGGUUCUUGACGCAUAGUGGGUGGAACUCAACCAUUGAAAGUGUGUGCGGUGGAGUGCCGAUGAUCUGUUGGCCCUUCAACGGCGAGCAACAAACCAACUGUAGGUACUGUUGCAAAGAAUGGGGCAUAGGCAUGGAGAUGGAGGGUGAUGUUAAAAGAAACUACAUAGAAAGCCUUGUGAGGAAGUUAAUGGAGGAAAAGGAGGGAAAAGAGAUGAGGAAGAAAUCCAUGGAAUGGAAGAAGUUGGCAGAGAAGGCCACUACAGGUCCUCAUGGAUCAUCUUUCUUGGAUUUGGACAAAAUGGUUAAUCAGGUGCUGCUAUCUCCAAAAGAUUAGAAUUGAUGAACUGUACUACUUUUUUGUAUGUAUAAUUGUAUAUCAUAGUUUUAAUCAACGAUACUUUGUAUCUCGAUCAUAUCAUUUUCUGUUCCCUGGUUGUGACUCUUUUAUCA